AUGCAUACAAUAACAGAAACUCGAAAGGGUAAAAAGUGUUUAAUUUUCAAUGGGUAUCGAUACUUACGUGAUCGUAUCCGUAACGUCAACACUUACUGGCGUUGUGAAAAUCGAAAUGAAUGUCCAGGGCGUCUUACUCAAAAAGGAGAUCAAAUUCCUGUUGUAACCGCUCAACAUAAUCAUGAACCAAAUGAAGAAAAAAUCAAACAACAAAUAUUUAGAACACAUUUAAAAGAACAAAUACGUGAAAGUUCAGUACCAAUUCGAAAAAUAUUUCGUGGUGAAAUUAUUAACCGGUAUUCAACUGAACCUGAUAGUGUUUGCACUCUCCCCCAAUUUAAUCAAAUCAAAAAUUCUUUGUAUCGUGUAAAGAAUAUAAAUUAUCCUCCACUACCAAAAUCGAUUGAAGAUGUUUCUAUUGAAGGUAAUAAUGUUAUAAAAAUUAAUAUUAAGUUUGUUUAUGAUUUUUUUUUAGGAAAGUGGCGAUUAUAUUUAAAUGGUGAAAAUUUUACAUUAGCUGAUAAUAAAAAUCCUCGAUAUUUCGUAUUCGGUACUACUGAUUCAUUAAAAAUGUUAUGUUCCAGUGAUCAUAUAUUUGCUGAUGGCACUUUCAAGUCCUCACCUACACCAUUUAAACAACUCUAUAGUAUCCAUAUUGAAUCAUCCGUUUUAAAUAAUACUCUUCCAGUACUUUAUGCAUUAUUACCUGAUAAGUUCAAAGCUACAUAUACAAUAUUCUUUAACGAUUUACGUAAAAUUUGUGCUCAGUAUGAUUUUAUCUUGAAUCCAAGAUUAAUCACUGUCGACUUCGAACAAGGUUGUUUAAAGUCAUUACAGAAUAUUUUCCCUAAUUCUGAAUUAAAAGGAUGCAACUUUCAUUUCAAUAAGUGUAUAUUUAAGAAAAUCACUGAUCUCGGAUGGCAACAACAGUAUUACUUGUCAUCCAAUGAUGAUCUACAUUCUGUUUUAGCACUUUAUCAACAAACAUGUGCGUUAGCAUUUAUGCCUGUCAACAGUAUUGAUCAACUUUGGUGUAAUAUAAUGGAUAAUUUCGAUCAUAUUCCUGAUGCACAUCAUUUUUUUGAUUAUGUCACUGACACUUGGAUCGAUCCGGAUGCUUUAUUUCCAAAGAAACUGUGGAAUUACUAUUCUUUUCAUGGCCUCAGAACGAAUAAUGGAUUGGAGGGGUGGCACCACAGAUUAAAUUCAAAUGUUGGUGCCACCAAUCCUAAUUUGUUUCUUGUCUUAGAAGAAAUAAAGAAGGAUUAUAUUUUUAACAUGGCAACACUUAAGCAAGUACAGCAUCAAGAAAAUAAACAACGUCGAAAGAAACAAUAUGUCCUUCGCAAUAGAAGAAUUAUCAAUCUUAUGGAUCGAUAUGCCAAUGGCACAUUAACAUUAAAUGAAUAUUUCAUCAAAAUAAGCAAAACGAUAGGCAAAAAAAAAUCAGUUUGUAUCAGGGUUAAUAAUAAUGAAAAUUCCUCAUGA